AUGGCACAGAAGCGUAAGUCAUUGGCUACUGGAAGUUGUGAGGGUGAAGGGCUCUGUACUGUGAAUAUGAUAGACAGAUUUAGCAAUCUUCCCGAGGGAGUUAUUCAUCACAUUCUUUCUGAUUUUGUGGUUAAAGACCUUGCUAGAUUCUGCUGUGUCUCCAAACGAUGGAGAGAGUUAUGUCUGUCGUCUCCGUCGGUGAACUUCUGUGGAUUUAAUACAGAUGAAAUGGCGGAUAUGGCGUGUGAGCUUAGGUUGAAGUUGGUGAAUACAUUGGAUAGGUUCUUGCUUAGUCGUGGGGAUAAUGAGAUGAAGAGCUUUUGUCUGUUUUGGGAUGGUCACAGUGAUGAAGAGCUUGACGAACCUUGCUUCUGUGUUAAUGAGAAUUUCCGAAUAAACACCUGGAUCCAGAAUGCUGUGAGGUGUAAAGUUGAAAAGGUUCAUCUUGCAGUCGCUUAUUUUGAUUUUGAGGGAGAACCAAUAGCAUUUCCAUCUUGCAUCUUUCGUUCAUCAUCAUUGAGGUCUUUAGUGGUUGAGAUGCCACAUACAGUUUUUAAAACACCCUCAUUCACUUUUUCCUCCAAUCUCAAAAGGUUGGAUUUGAGAGACAUUAUUAUACAGGACGAGGGGUUUUUCAAGUGGAUUUCCUGUUCCUGCAAAUCCUUGAAGGAUAUCUCUCUUACAGAUUGUGAGAUAUAUAAUGUCACUAUUGAAAGCUCAUCUUUGGAAAAAUUUGAUUUCUUUAAUUACAUGAUUUUUGAAACCUGCCAUAUUAACAUCUCUGGUGGGAAACUUGAAGAAAUAAAUGUCAACUGCUAUCAUUCACCUAGCAGCGCCGUAUUAAAAAUUGUUGCUCCAAAUGUUAAACGUUUGCUUUUGGAGGGGAAUGUGAAAAAUGACCUAAAUCUGGGAGAAUUGAAUUGUUUGGAAGAAGCUGCUAUUCUUAUGGAGCCUAUAGUAGAUGAGUUUGACAAAGUAUAUGAGGUUCUCUCCAGUUUGUGCAGUGUUAAAGUUCUUGUUCUGAAUGAAGCUACCAUCAAGGCUGCAUGCAAGGAGGAACGCGUGCAAGUUCAGUUAGAUGAGGUUUGGUACUUGCAAAUGAAGAUUGGUAGCUUUACUGAUGAUCUAGUCCCAGCAGUCGUCUGUCUUUUAAGAGGAACACCAGAGUUGUGUACUUUAUACAUUCGGUAUAAGCCAACCUCACUCGUCCCUAAAUAUAAUACAUCCAGGUUUGAUAUUGAGUAUUGGAAGAUGCAAAACCUGGGAUUUAUUUCUCAGGUUGAGGAUGUUACCAUAGAGCUUAGUGCUGGGUUUAAUGGAAUUGAGUUAGCAAGGUAUAUUCUUGAGCAUGCUGAGAACCUGGAGAAAAUGGUCAUUAGGUAUUUAGCCGAGCAAUCUAAUGAUAUAGGGAAGUUAAAAGAAAGUAAGAUGAACUCCAAUCCCAUGGUUACUUUCGAGGAGUAUGAAAGAUCCAUUUGAUAGUUUCGAAAUGUUAUUUCAGAGUCCCUGUGUAAUGUGACUAAUGUCCAUUGAUCCGGUUUGGAAUUUUAC